AGGGGGCUGGGGGCGCUGCGGCCGCCCCUUCCCCUCCCGAAGGGCUGGAGAAACCAGACUGCCUGCAGGUACAUGGUGCGGGUCCGAGCCGUGGUGAUGGCCCGAGAUGACUCCAGUGGGGGCUGGGGGGCCUGGCUGCCGGUGGGGGGCGGGGGCCUCAGCCAGGUGAGCGUAUGUCGGGUCCGAGGGGCCAGGCCCGAGGGGGGGGCCCGCCAGGGGCACUACGUCAUCCACGGGGAGCGCCUCCGGGACCAGAAAACUACCUUGGAAUGUACCCUGAGGCCAGGCUUGGUUUACAACAAGGUGAACCCCAUCUUCCACCACUGGAGCCUGGGUGACUGCAAGUUUGGGCUGACGUUUCAGAGUCCUGUGGAGGCUGAUGAGUUCCAAAAGAGCCUGCUGGCUGCGCUGGCCGCACUGGGUCGAGGCUCCCUCACCCCCUCCUCCUCCUCGUCCUCCUCCUCUCCUUCCCAGGACACUGCAGAGACCCCCUGCCCUCUGACGUCCCACGUGGACAGCGAUUCCUCCUCCAGUCACAGCCGCCAGGAGACACCUCCUACCACCGCUGCGGCCCCCAUCGUCACCAUGGAGUCCGCUUCUGGCUUCGGGCCGGCCACACCCCCCCAGCGCCGCCGUUCCUCAGCUCAGAGCUACCCUCCGCUUCUACCGUUCACCGGGAUUCCGGAGCCCUCAGAGCCCCUGGCAGGGGCAGGAGGCCCGAGCUGGGGCGGCCGCGGCUACGAGGAUUACCGGCGCUCCGGGCCGCCCGCGCCGCUCGCUCUAUCCACCUGCGUCGUGCGCUUUGCCAAGACCGGCGCCCUGACGGGGCCAGCCCUAGGGCCCCCAGCGGCACUACCCGUCCCUCUGACCGAAGCAGCGCCCCCAGCGCCCCCGGCUCGCCCCCCUCCCGGCCCGGGCCCCGCCCCUGCGCCAGCCAAAGCGCGUCGUCUCAGCUGCCUGUGGUGCGCCGAGAGCUUGCUCUACCACUGCCUGUCAGACGCCGAGGGCGACUUCUCGGACCCCUGCGCCUGUGAGCCGGGCCACCCGCGCCCUGCCGCGCGCUGGGCCGCGCUCGCCGCGCUCUCCCUGGCGGUGCCCUGCCUCUGCUGCUACGCGCCCCUGCGCGCAUGCCACUGGGUCGCUGCGAGAUGCGGCUGCGCCGGCUGCGGGGGUCGCCACGAGGAGGCCGCACGGUGAGGACUGCCUAGUGGGUCCGGUAGCCAGACGGAAGACCCAAAGUGGAGGGUCCAGCACCCCGGACUCCGUUCGGACCCAAAACCCAAACCUAGGCACAUCCGGAACUUGGAGCUUGAAUUUGGAUUGAGAGAGUCCCAGACCUGGAACCUGAACCCCAAAUCUUAAGACUGAGCGACCCCAGACCCAGCUUCAUUGGGAUGUCUGUGCAAGAGGUCCCGGGCAUCCUGAGUUCUGUAGUUCUCCUUCUCCGUUCCCCAGGCAUUCCCAGACUCAGCAUCUCAGAGGGGCUGGAGAGUACACAGGCCCCCGAGAGAUGCAAGACCCUGAACCCCAAACCGAUCCAAACGACCAGCCCAGAGCCCAGUCAUACCUGGCACCACAAACCCUCAGCUUACAGCCCCAGAAUGAGUCGGGAGCCAAUUCUUCACCCUGCUUGUUGCCGGUUACUACCAGAUCAUGAGACCUUAGGCCUCAGAAUCACCCUCAAAUGAUUUCUUAGGACCUGGUGCACCCACAGCGGAGUUGUCCCUGGAGGCCUAGACCCCUGAAACACUUAAACCCUCCCGAGUCUAGGACUCUGAUAUGUUCUGGAAUCACCAGGUGCUGGUCCCAAUCUACUGGCCCACCUGAGUGCCCACAGACCCCCACAGACCUGGCCUCUAGUUCAGGAACACAGGUCUUGAGAUGGCUGGGUCUCCCCACAGGACCUAGAGCCCCAGACUCUGAAGAUGCACCGAGUCCUUGGCUAUGCUCAAAUAUGGGAUGCGCUUAGACGCAAAUGGCUUGGGAGACCCACUCUGGAGUCUCGCAAGAUCCAUAGAGUAGAACUUCUGAGAGCCAGCGUUCUGAGACCUCCAUAGACCCACCCACCCCCAAGCCAGUGUUCUCAGGAGCUUUGGAUCGUGUAGGUAGGGCUCAGGUGCCUGGUACCGCCAGAUGUUUGACUGAAGGCCGCCAGCACCUUGGGGCUCAAGACAUUGCUGUUAAGUCCUUAAGUAGCCCUUUCCCAGUCCCCCUUAGACCUGGAUUUUGAGACCCAAAAUGUCCUGGAAUCUUUGGCUUCCUUCUACCUAAAGACCCCCAGUUCCCUAAAGCCUUGGAGUCCAGCUCCCGGAAAUGAGAUGGUCACGCAAUCCAGAUCUCUGACCCCGUAGCCCCAGCCCCUCAGAGACCCCAGGUGCUUUAGGAAAGCACUGGAUCCAAGACCCCAAGGUGCCAUUGACCCCCAGAUGCAGGGCUCAAGCCCCUACAACAUUGGGAUUUGUUCCUGAUCCAAGGUUGGUCUCUCUAUACCAGAGAUAUUCAGCUUCUAGGUGCCCCUAGGACCCCAGACCUAGCACCAUCAGACCCUAGGUUUCUCUGGACUCAGCCCCAGCCCCGGAGAUUCCUGUGCCUGUUCUCCUGUUCGUGUGAGACCUGCAGCCCCUUACAUCCUGCUGUCCAGAGACUAAGGUCCCAGACUCUGGAAUUCUACCCCCAGGACUCCAGCCCAGCACCCAGCAAUCCUCAGAAUUACUCCCUUUAUCCUAGGGAGAAAACCCCACUGUCUCGAACCCAUAUUCCUGGAUUCCAGGACCACUGGGCGCUUCCUCACCUCUAGGGCCCAGCAUGGCUACAGAUGAUAUGCAGGUGCCUGUCCACUCAGCACAGGCACGCAGCCCAGGUGACUGAAGGGCUCUCGGAGGACGGUACACAUGGCGCUGAUGUGCACCAAGGCACCAUUUGGCCUGGCUAUGGCUCUGCUGGGAUCUGGUAAUCCCCAGCCCCGCAGGCUCCUCCCAGCCCAACCUUCAUUAAGUCCUACGCCUGGCCCAGGUCCCACCUUUUAUGUUCUGCCUGCCCUUAACUCCUCUUCUAUCUCAAGAGCUGGGGUUGCUUCAGAAAGUUCAAAAGUGUUUUUCAAGGCCCUCUGAAAAUCCUGGUCAAGGAGACCGUGCAGUUCCUCCCCGCCCCAGUUGGAAGUGUACCUAUGAUCUAGUGUCCUGGGGGGCAGGGGGUCAAAGGCCUUGGAGGAGACAGCCUCAGUGUUUCAUAGGCUUGCGAUCCGCAUCUGGCCCCCAGCAUCCCGAAAUGUGCACUUACUUUUCCUCGCUACCCAGAUUUUGGAUGGCCUUGUGGAGGUUCAAGGGAUAGGUCCUUCUGUCACUUCCUUUAAAUUAUUAACUAUUUAUUACAUCCGGAACCUGUGAGAUUCAGCUCUCCCAACCAGACCCUGGGAUGGGUGAGAGAAAAGAGGGGGAUGUCCCUCCCAUCCCCACUCUGCCCAGCUCUCAUCACUGUCAAACCCACCAGAGCUGAGGGCGGAGGGACUGGGGGCUGGGGCAGCCUGGGUCCCCAUCCCCCUCUCUGUGCCUCGGUCUCCCCCCUUCCGUGGUGGGCGGGGGGAAGCUCCAUUCUUAACCUACCUCGUUUUGGGGAGGGGUGGGACGGGGACCAGAGUGCUGUCCGGUGCUGUGGGAUCCACAGAUAAAGCUGUGAGGGCCAGGGAGAAGUUCCUCUGGCCCCCACCUCCCAGCACCCCCUCUCCCAGGUCUCCCAGUCCUGCUCCCUGCUAACACCCACCUCUGAUCCAUGAUUACCCUUCAUCACCCCCAAAGCAGGGGUGCAUGGAGGGCUGACCCUGGGAGCCAGGAAGACCUCAGACCCUGGAGCCCCCAGGCCCAGUGUCCCAGCUGCUUGCCCCUCGGAUCGGAUGCUUGGCCCCUAGACUCGGGGGAGUCACCCCAACAUUUAUCUUCCUGAUCUUGAUUCCAAGCCAGUCUGUGACCUCAACAUUGUUAGCAUCAAUGCAGGCUGAAGUGGUGGGGGGAGGAUGGGGGCCAAAACCCCAUCUUGUCAUCGGGGAAGGGGGCCUGAGAUCCGCUCCAAGA